UUAAAUGGCUCGUUGUAAGAUUAUAAAAAGCUUUUUAAUAAUGUUUUCAAGGUGAUAGAUAUCGUAAAAUCAAUAUUAAAUUGUAAUUAGUUGCAUAUUUAGUUUUCUUUAAUUUUAACGUGGCACGUUCACAGUGUUUACUUCACAUUUAGGUUAUGAUAGUACGGUGUCCCUAUUUUAUUUAAAAUGACUGAAGGAGAUUUAAGUAAUAACUGUCGGGUAGUGACUAUAACAGUCCAAUCCGUGAAAAGAAAAGUUGAAUGCGUAGGCACUGCGUUCCUGAGAUAUUACAACAUUAAAUGUCACGGUGAAGAUGCUUUGUUUCAAACGACGGAUUCCAAAGAGAAGGCUGAGGAGGUGACCUUUGAAGAUGAUGUCGAAUACUUGAGGAGCUUAGAUCCGAAGGACUGGAAAUCUCAAGACCAUUAUGCAGUGUUAGGUAUAAAAAACUUGCGUAACAAAGCAACUGACGACGACAUUAAGAGGGCUUACCGUCAGAAGGUAUUAAAACAUCAUCCUGAUAAACGAAAGGCGCAAGGUGAAGAGAUCCGGAGUGAUGACGACUAUUUCACGUGCAUCACUAAGGCUUAUGAAAUUCUUGGAACACCUAUCAAGCGUAGGUCCUACGACUCUGUUGAUCCACUCGUCGAUGACUCUUUACCGACCGCAACAGAAAUAAAAAAAGAAGGAUUCUUUAAAGCGUUUAGAAAGUGUUUCGAGAUAAAUGCUCGUUGGUCAGAGAAAAGAAAUUGCCCAAUGAUAGGUGAUGAAAAUAGUCCCCGAGAACAGGUGGAGAGGUUUUAUGCUUUUUGGUAUGAGUUCGAAUCUUGGCGUGAGUUUUCAUACCUUGACGAGGAAGAGAAGGAGAGAGGGGCGGACCGUGAAGAACGCAGGUGGAUAGAAAAACAAAACAAAGCGGCGAGAGCUAAGCUGAAAAAGGAAGAAAUGGCAAGAAUUAGAAGUUUAGUUGAUCUAGCCUAUGCGAAUGACCCUAGGAUUUUGCGUUUUAAGCAAGAGGAUAAAGAUAAAAAAUUAGCAGCAAAGAGGGCUAGACAGGAUGCUGUCCAAGCUAAGAAAGCUGAAGAGGAACGCAUUAUGAAAGAAGCACAAGCAGCUAAACAAAAAGCAGAAGAAGCAGAACGUGCUCGUAUAGAAGCGGCUCGAGCUGAACGUGAACAAUUGAAGAAGAACUUACGUAAGGAAAAAAAAGCAUUAAGAGAUCUAUGCAAAUCGAAGAAUUAUUUUGCCAAUAAUGAAGACGAAACUGUGUCUCAUAUGGCAGCAGUUGAAAAAAUAUGUGAGAUGAUGAAAGUGGUAGAACUGCAAGAUUUUAUGAAAGAUUUGGAAGCAGAAGGUCGAAAUGCUUUCUUGAAAAUUGUGAAAGAAACUGAUGAGAAGCUAGAAGCUGAAAGAAAAGCUUUAUUUGAUACUAAGAAGGCAGAGGAUCUGAGAGCUAAGAAAGAGAGUGCUUUAAAAGUGCCAAUCGAAUGGACACCAGAUAUGACCCAACUACUCAUUAAGGCAGUAAAUCUAUUUCCAGCUGGGACUAAUCAACGGUGGGAAGUUGUUGCAAACUUUUUGAAUCAGCAUGGUACAUUUACUGAUGACAAACGAUUCACUGCUAAAGAUGUGCUGAAUAAAGCAAAGGACUUACAGAGCUCAGAUUUCUCUAAAAGCAGUCUGAAAAAAGCUGCUAAUGAAGAAGCUUUUGAUCAAUUUGAAAAGGAAAAAAAGAAAGUUGCCAAUCAUGUGGAUGACAACAAUAUUUCAAAAAUAGAUAGUGGAGUGAAAUUAGUGAAUGGAACUGCCAAGCCUAAAGCAGAGGACCAAUCCAAACAGGAUAAAGACUCUUCGAAAGAGGACAGAGCUUGGACAAAAACAGAACAAGAACUGCUAGAACAAGCUAUCAAAACCUUUCCUGUGAGUACACCUGAAAGGUGGGAUAAGAUAGCUGAUUGCAUACCUAACCGUACCAAAAAAGACUGCAUGAAGAGAUACAAAGAAUUAGUAGAAUUAGUGAAAGCAAAAAAACAAGCUGCUAAUCUAGCUAAAUAAUAAUAAAUGACCACUAGCCACAUAAUAUGAAAUAAAACAUAUUUUUGCGAUAUAUCAUCAGUUUUCACAGUUUAAACAUUCAUAAUACUUACAGGUACAUAAAAUACUUUAUGUAAAUGUAUCCCUAUUCCUGAGUUUCCAGAAAUACUUACAUGGAUACUCGCACAUUUUUUCACAGCUUACAGCACAUAGUAAAUUAUGGCAUACAUAUUCUAUGGUUUUUUGUAAAGAGAUUGCAGUUGCUGGUGUGUCUGUGAAAUUUUCAACUUGCCAGUUUUGCAGUACAUAAUUAGAUACUCUUGUGACAUAUUUUUGUAUUUAUUUUUGUUUAUUGUGAUGAACAUAGUCAAUUCGG